CAUGUCGUGUACCGAUAGAGUUUCUUAUCUAUUGUGCAAUUCAUGUCGUCAGUACUGUCAUACAAGACAGGUGUUAAUGCAAAUAAAACCAUCAUGUUAUUUCUCUGUGAAUCUAAACUUUUUUUUUUUUUAACCAAUUUAUUUUUCAAUCAGCAUUUUAUUUUUCAAUCAGCAUUUUAUAUUAAAAUUUAAAAAUCACCCAUGAAUUUCUCUCUCUUGCUUAAUAUUUCUCUUUAAAUUAUAUAAUCUAACAUGACAAAAGUAAUCAAUGCAAAUAUAUAUGCCUUUUUAUUUAUGUUAUGAUAACCCUAGUAUAGGAUAAGCGCACUCAAUUCCCUGUUUGGGCAAGCAGAGUUUAUUUGGCUUUUGAAGGAAAUCCCACGUGCCAACAACUGGAAGGUUAAAACUAACGUCCAUUUGUCGUUGAAGUUGAAGCCAUGAACAAAGUUUAGCUAUCCAUCCACACACACACAUAUAUUUAUAUAUAUAUAUAUAUUAUAUUAUAAUAUCAAAUUGUACACAUAGGAGUUUGAAGGGCAUUAUCCGAAUCCAUCCAGAUGCCUUGAACUUUGAACUUGAUAUUUGUGAAAUUAUUCCAACAAUGGCACAUGUCCUUUUCUGUGUUUACACACAUAUAGUCCAACAAUUUCCAAUACGACCAUAUGUUUAAGAGAGACAGAGAGAUAGAGGGAGAGAGAGCGAGAGAGACAGAGAGAUAAAGAUAAAUGCAGUCCUUUGACUGUUUGUUGAGCAUGGAAUAUUGAUGUUCUUGUUCAUAUAAUAUCAAGAUGGCAAUUCAUGUAAGUUGCUGUGUUCAUGGUCGGCCUCCAUUUUCAGACAACUUUGAUACCUUGAAGGUCAAGCCAUUCUUUUCUGCUAUCAAGACAUUGUUAGGAGAAUUGAGACAAGUACUUCCCAUGCGAAUAGAUGUCUCCAAAACCAUCAAUACCACCACUACUGCCAAAAUUUUGGAUGCAUUUGUUGAUUCGGUGUUUGAGUAUGUUGAUCAACCCUUGCUUCCAUCUCAGUUGUUGCAGGGUAACUUUGCGCCGGUUGAUGAGUUGGGGGAAUCUGUUGUUAUCACCAACAUUGAAGGCAACAUUCCAGAUAAUUUUCCCGAGGGUGUCUAUAUAAGAAAUGGACCAAAUCCUCUUUUUGGAGGACUAAAAUCAACUCAAUCUGUGUUUGGAAGGUCAAGACAUAUUUGGAUAGAAGGAGAAGGAAUGCUUCAUGCUUUGUAUUUGAGUAGAGACAGUGAUUGCAAAUGGACUCUCCGGUACAACAACAGACACGUUGAAACCGAAACAUUCAAGCUAGAAAAACAGAGAAACAAACCGUCCUUUCUCCCUGCCAUACAAGGCGAUUCACUGGCUGUUCUGUCAGCAUAUCUGUUGAAUUUGUUGAGAUUUGGCAAAGUAAAUAAAUACAUCAGCAACACCAACGUUUUUGAGCACUCGGGGAAGUUCUACUCCAUUGCAGAAAACCACAUGCCCCAAGAGAUUGACAUUUUGACUUUAAAAACAUUAGGCAAUUGGGAUGUCUGCGGAGCUUGGAACAGACCUUUUACCAGCCACCCGAAGAGAGUUCCAGGCACAGGAGAGCUGGUUAUAAUGGGGGUGGAUGCAACUAAACCUUUCUUUGAAGUAGGAGUACUUUCGGCUGACGGAAAAGAGUUGAUUCAUAAGGUUGAUAUCAAACUUAAUAGGUGUAGCCUUUGCCAUGAAGUAGGGGUUACACAAAGAUACAUUGUGAUACUGGAUUUUCCACUUACUAUUGACAUCAUGAGGCUUGUUGGUGGAGGCCCAUUAAUAAAGUACAAUAAAGAAGGAUAUGCAAGAAUUGGGAUUAUGCGUCGCUAUGGUGAUGCAAAUUCAAUCUGCUGGUUUAAAGUUGAACCAAACUGCACGUUUCAUAUUCUUAACUCUUUUGAAGAUGGAGAUGAGGUUGUGGUGUGGGGUUGCAGAGCUCUUGAAGCAAUCAUACCAGGACCUGAUAUGGGAUUGGAUAAAUUUGACUGGUAUUGCAGAGGGUUUAAGCCUAUAGGUCAUGGUGAAGAAAAUGUGGAUGCGUCAGCUGGGGAUGGAUCAUUAUUUACUCGUUGUUAUGAAUGGCGGUUAAACAUGAAAACUGGACAAGUUACGGAGAGAAAUCUCACUGGAACAGAAUUUUCCAUGGAUUUCCCUAUGAUCAAUGGAAAUUUUACAGGUCUGAAAAAUAGGUUUGGUUAUACCCAAGUCGUUGAUUCCAUUGCAAGUUGUACCUCAGGCAUGCUAAAAUGUGGAGGUCUAGCCAAGCUGCAUUUUGAAGAACCAGAUAGAAAAAGAAAAUUGGAAGGGGCAAUAGAGGUGGAAUACAAUAUGUUUGAGAAGAACAGCUUUUGCAGUGGAGCUGCCUUUGUCUCUAAGAAAGGAGGUGUUGAAGAAGAUGAUGGUUGGAUUAUUACUUUUGUUCACAGUGAAGAUACCAACUUAUCUCAAGUUUAUGUCAUUGACACAAAGAAGUUUUCAAGUGAUCCAGUUGCCAAAAUUACAUUACCAUGCAGAGUUCCAUAUGGUUUUCAUGGAGCUUUCAUGCAAAUCUCAACAGACACCUAAUAAUCGCAGCGCAGAUUUAUGGUUUUCAUGGAUUGUAUUAAACACAACCCUUUGUGAGAGGUAGAUUAGAAUUAGGUUAUACACUUUAACUUCUAUUCCCUUCACGUGUGGGUUCAAAUGUAACCAUAAUUACCAUACUAAACUACUAUUUUGUGCCAUUGUUCUCAUAAGCUCUUUGCAGAGGCGAAUUGGAAUUGGAUUAUAUAUUUUAGCAGAAUAUGAAAAGAU